CCGGGUUUAGGGUUUUGCAGUGAGUACUAUCCAUGGCUCGCUGUAAUUUAUUGUUGUAAUGGAAUUAGGGUUUUGAAAGGGUUUCAAGGGAUAAGCACCAAUAUUUCAGUCCAAUAGUCGUUUUCUCUCGGUAAUUCGUAUGGAAUUGUAUUCCAAUGGCUCUGUUAACUGUUUUAAACGAGGUCUUUUUGGUGGCUUAAGUCAUUCAUUUGCUGGAAUUCUCAUGAAUUCCUCUGUAACCAAUGAAUUAGGGUUCCGAUGGCUACUUAAUCGACACAUUCCAUAAUUUUAGCUGCUAGAUUGUUCUGAAUAGUGGAGAAAUGGAUGUAUCAGUGGUGAACGGGAGCAUUCAUUUGAAGAACUGGUUUAUCAAUUCGAAAUUUGGAACGGAUUGUUCUUAUGUUUUUCCUUCUGUGAAGGUUCUUAAUUUAUCUAUUUUUAUGGAAAUGGAAACGGCCCGUCGAUUUAGGAGUCUCAAAAGCCAUAAAACUAGAAGUUUUAGGAUAUUUUCCAUGAAAGAGGCGCAGGAUCAGAGAUUAACUGGUGGUGUUUUAACAAAUGAUUUACAAUUCGAGCCUGCAUUUGGGGAGUAUUUGAAGGCCAUGGAGUCCGCCAAAACAAAGAGGGAUAAGAAUUUAUCUCGUGAAAGGGAGAGGCACAGUUUUAAAAAUCGUGAAAGUGAGGGAAAUCUAGAUGUCCUUGAGAGUGAUGUUGAUGAAAAUCGUUGCAGUAGAAAGGGAAUCAGUGGAAAUUCUGCUAAAGAAAGAACUACGUAUGAUAAGUCUAGUUCUGGUUUUGAGAUUCAAACUGAAUACAGCAGAGAUAGAAGUGUAAGCAAUGUUUUGAAAGAUGGCAAUGUUAGAGAUAAAUGGAGAAGAGAUAUGGGACAAAAUGGAAGUUUAGAAGUUGCAAAAGACAGAAGCAUUAGAGAGGUAACAAGCAGAGAAUUGAGGCAAAAAGAGAAUUUAAAUGCUAGGAUUGAAAUGGGUUCUAGCAAGAUUACCAGAGGAAAUUGGAGGCACAGAGAAAAUUUGGAGAAAAAUUUGAAACCCACCAUUUCAAAUUGGGAAGAAUGCCAUGUUAAUCAUCUCAGCACGAAAACAAGUGAACAAGAGGUUAAGAAGGGUGUAUACAUAAGGAGGCAAGUGGAUGGUAACUUACAGGAACCUUCACGAAUAGAUCGCAACAUUCCUGCACGGAUAGAACAAAACAUUCAUGAAAAACUAAUUGAGAAAUAUGAGACACCACGUGGGAAACCUUAUGAUGGGAUAAGUGUAUAUGGCACUGAUACUGAAAGACAUGGUUCCAUAAUUCAAAGAAUUGUUAGACAUAGCAACCAGUCACUUAAUAGGGACGAGCAUCGCAGGCCAGAAAAAAAAUAUGGUGGGAAAAGUGAGGUUUUGAAAAAUAAAGAAACUCGAAUGUCAAGGAGGUUUACCACGAAUGGUGCUUUAGGCAAUGAUUUGGAGAUGGAAAGGCAAGCAUUCAAGUCUUUUGAGGUUUUCACGGAUGUCAACAAUAGGCCAAGAGUAUUGAGAAUGGAAAUGGAGGAAAGGAUUCAAAAGCUUGUUAAGUGGUUGAAUGGUACAGAUGUCAAUUUGCCAGAAUGGCAGUUCUCCAAGAUGAUGCACAGUGCAGGAAUCAAGUUUACAGAUCAUUCAAUUCUGAGGGUUAUCCGGAUAUUGGGGGAUCUUGGAAACUGGAGACGUACGUUACAAGUCAUUCAGUGGCUUGAAUCUCAUGAGCGUUUCAAGUCCUACAAGAGCAGAUAUAUCUACACAACUGCCCUUGAUGUGCUUGGGAAGGCAAGGAGGCCUGUUGAGGCACUGAAUGUUUUCCAUGCUAUGCGUGAACAAGUAUCAUCAUACCCAGACAUGCCUGCAUACCAUUGUAUUGCUGUAAUUCUUGGACAAGCUGGUUACAUGAAAGAACUAUUUGAUGUUAUUGAUUGCAUGAGAGCUGGUCCGCAGAAGAAGAUGAAAAGUAGCAUAUUGGAUAAGUGGGAUCCCCGUCUGGAACCAGACCUUGUCAUCUAUAAUGCUGUUUUGAAUGCUUGUGUUCAACAGAAACAAUGGGAAGGUGCAUUCUGGGUAUUGCAACAACUAAAACAACGCAACAUACAGCCCUCCAGCACAACGUGUGGUCUAGUUAUGGAGGUAAUGCUUGCAUGUGAGAAAUACAGCUUGGUAUAUGAAUUCUUCAAGAAAGUGGAAAAAUCCUCUGUUCCAAAUACUUUGACAUACAAAGUUCUAGUAAAUGCUCUCUGGAAAGAAGGUAAAACAGAAGAGGCUGUAUUAGCAGUGCAGGACAUGGAGAGGCGAGGUAUUGUUGGCUCUGCUAGUCUUUACUAUGACCUAGCUCGUUGUCUCUGCAGUGCUGGAAGGUGCCAAGAGGCAUUAUUGCAGGUUGAGAAAAUAUGCAAGGUUGCAAAUAAGCCUCUAGUUAUGACUUUCACAGGAUUGAUGCAAACUUGUCUCGAAGUGGGAAAUGUUAAAGAUGGCGAAUACAUCUUUCGCCAUAUGCAGAAGUAUUGCUCCCCAAACAUUGUAACAUGCAACAUAGUGCUCAAGUCCUAUGCCCAAAAUGGGUUUUUCAAAGAAGCAAAGGAUUUGUUUCAAGCGAUUUUGGAUGGUGGUGCCAAAUUUAGGGGAGAAACGGAUAGGGAAAGGCUACUUCCUGAUAAAUGCACAUUUAAUACCAUGCUAGAGGCUUGUUCUGCUUCAAAGCAGUGGGAUGACAUCGAGAGUGUUUACAUGCGAAUGGUUCAUCAUGGUUAUCAGUUUGAUUUGAAGUAUCACCUUCGACUGGUUUUAGAAGCAUCCAGGGCUGGAAAGGGGCGGUUAUUGUGUACUGCCUGUGAUCACUUGGUUCAGUCAGGUAGAAAGCCUCCUGUUCCAAUCUUUAAGGAAAGGUUUUGCAAUGCUUUACAUUCUGAAGACUAUGGAGAGGCAAUCAGUUGUGCCCAAAGCUUGGCGGCUAUUCGCAUUAUUUCAAAGAAGGCAUGGUUGGAUUUGUUCUAUGAGAAUUCAGAUCGUUUCAGUAGAGGCUCGAUAGUUGGGUUGCUAGAUAAGGUGAAGAACACUGUUAAAGAUGAAGAUAAUCCAUGCCUGACAUUACAAAAUUUAGCAGAUUCGUGUCGGGAGUUUGUAAAUGCCAAGAGCAUCACAGAUUCUGGGCAGGGCUCAGCAGAGUCAUGUGGUGUGGAGGAAAAAAGUCUAUAGAUGUGAAUCUCUCUCUCCCCCCCCCCCCCUCCCCCCUCUCUCUCUCUCACACACAACAAAAUAUUUGCAUGGAUUCUUGGGUGGAAGUCUCAAACUAGCUGCAUAGCCGAGUUUUCUAUUGGAUGCAAUGAGUGCAUGGAUCUCUCUCUCUCUCUCUCUCUAUUCAUGGUUGCUGCUGUAAAUUAUGCCUUAUAUUGUAAUUGGACUAGCUUCGAAUGGACUCUGUGUGUUGCUGACAGCAGCGUAUUUCAUCCGUAGUUGAGAAUGGUAAGGAGUUGGAUUAUCUUAA